AUAACGCGUUUUCCGAGCGCCGCUUUCCUAUUGGUCGAGGCUUCGUGUGUUGUGGCGUUGCUCAGCGUUCCGUGAAACCGUGGGCCCCGCAGCGCGGCAAAACGUUCCCACAUAAUAAAUUGUGCAGUGUCAGAUCUUGCGAAGUUGCCCAGGCCUGUUGUCAGUGAGGCACGAAAAACAAACACGAGAUUUAUUUUAACUUCUUGUUUAGGCCUGCAAGUAGUUGCUCAAACCACUUUCUGAUCUUCUUAACAAAGGACGUGGAGUAAAUCACUGCCUGCACUGCAUCAUCAGUCUCUUCUUCUGGCCAUGGGUCAUUGUGUGGAUUAUUCUGUGCAUUACUGAAGGCUAAUAUGUAGGUUUGAGACUGCUACCUUGCCGCGGUGGAAUGUACGCUUGGUGUUUGACCAACUGGACCUCCCAAAAGACGCCUUCACUCGUUCACCGAGUCGCUGACGGAUGCAAGAAAAACUUAAGACCAAUUAUUAUAAUUAUUAUACCUUUGGUAUAUACCUUUCCAGCUUAUGUUUUGUUUCUAUUUGCGUGUACAUGUAUUGUUAAAAGUUGUUGACCAAAAACAUAAAAAAGCAAGAGCAAAAAAAAAAAGACAAAACAACGGACGACAAACGAAGUUAAAUAUUGAUUUCGAAUAAAUUUUCUACUUUUGUUUAAAAUACA